GGUUUUUAAGAAGACUGGAGCACCUUAUUUCCACUUCACACACUCUCUCUCUCCCCUAAGUUUUUCUGUGAGAUGAUAAUGGAUCCAAGGCUUCAUGGAUUCUCGGGUUCCAUGAAUGGAAUCCAGUUGGGAAAUCAAUAUGUACCGGGUUUAUCAGAUCGGAACCUAGUUGGUGGACCAAGAUUUGUGAACACCUUUCAGGAUCCUACCUUUGGAGGGUUUCAAUUUCUUCCAAAUGAUCCCUCAUCGAGUAAUUCAGUCCCAACCUUUGGAGGGUUUCAAUUACUUCCGAAUGAUCCAUCAGUGAGUAAUUCAGUCCUGAGUUCAACUUUGACUACUGAGGAAGAUCCUCACGAGGACUGUGAUUUCUCAGAUGCAGUUUUGAGCUAUAUAAGUCAGAUGCUUAUGGAGGAAGACAUGGAAGACAAGACAUGUAUGGUUCAAGAGUCUUUGGAUCUUCAAGCUGCAGAGAGACCAUUUUAUGAGGUCCUUGGCAAGAAGUACCCACCUUCACCAGAACAAAACCCAACUUAUGUUGACCAAAAUAGUGAAAGCCCAGAUUAUUAUUUUGGAAAUCAAAGCAAUGGUUUUAGUUGUAGUUAUAAUAGUAAUGGUUACUUAGUUGAUCCAAGAUGGUACAACAAUCCCACUGAUUGUAGCACCUCUCAACUACCAAAUAUUCCUCUUUAUAAUGCUUCUCGGUCAUCAGUUCUUUUUUCACCUUCUCCGUCGUCAGUUGGUUCGUCAAAUAGCAUAAACAAUUUUAUAGAUGGGUUUUUGGACUCUCCAAUAAGCCCUCUUCAGGUCCCUGAUUUAUAUAACGGAAGCCAAUCUAUUUGGCAGUUUAGGAAGGGGGUCGAAGAAGCGAGUAAGUUCCUUCCAAGUGGUAAUCGGUUGUUAGUUAAUUUGGAGGCCAACAGGUUGGUACCUCGAGAACUAAGGGGAGAAACUGGUGAAAUGAUGCUUAAGGUGGAGAAAAAGGAAGAGGGAGAGUACUCACCAACUGGGUCAAGGGUAAGGAAGAAUCCUCAUAGGGAGGAUGUAGAUGCAGAAGAAGAGAGGAUUACUAAGCAGGCAGCUGUUUAUCCUGAGUCGACCGUGCGGUCAGAGAUGUUUGAUGUUGUAUUGCUCUGUAACAUGGGGAAAGGCAAGAACCCCUUGUCAACUCUUCGUGAAACCUUGCAGAAUGGUGCAAGCAAGAAUAUGCAACAGAAUGGGCAAUCGAAAGGAUCCAAUGGUGUAAAGGGCCGUGGUAAGAAACGAAAUGGUAAAAAGGAAGUGAUAGAUCUGAGAACUCUCUUGAUUCAUUGCGCACAGGCUGUUGCAGCUGACGAUUGCAGGAAUGCGAAUGAAUUGCUGAAACAGAUAAGGCAACAUUCUUCUCCUUUUGGGGAUGGGAGUCAGAGAUUAGCUCAUUGCUUUGCUGAUGGCCUCGAGGCACGCUUGGCUGGCACUGGUAGCCAGAUCUAUAAAGCCCUGAUCAGUAAGAGAACUCCUGCUGCUGAUUUCUUGAAAGCAUACCAUCUAUAUAUUGCAUCAUGCCCAUUCAGGAAGAUUUCGAAUUUUGUCUCUAACAUGACAAUUAUGAAUAAAGCUGAGAAUGCAAUGAGAGUCCACAUCAUAGAUUUUGGUAUACUCUAUGGUUUUCAGUGGCCUACUUUUAUUCAGCGUAUCGCAACACGAGAGGGUGGGCCACCGAAGCUUCGGAUUACUGGGGUAGAAUUUCCCCAACCUGGUUUCCGGCCUGCAGAGCGAGUUGAAGAGACAGGGCGACGCUUAGCGGAUUAUGCUCAGAGUUUCAAUGUGCCAUUUGAGUACACCGCCAUAGCAAAGAAAUGGGAAACCAUCAAAGUUGAGGAUCUUAAGAUUGACAAGGAUGAAUUUCUCGUUGUCAACUGUUUGUAUCGCUCUAAGAACUUGCUUGAUGAGACUGUGGUGGUUGAUGGUGCAAGGAAUAUAGUUAUGAAUCUGGUAAGGAAGAUUAAUCCAGAAAUCUUCAUCCAUGGGAUCAUUAAUGGAGCCUAUAAUGCCCCCUUCUUUGUUACCCGUUUCCGGGAGGCACUGUUCCACUUCUCAUCGCUGUUUGAUAUGCUCGAGAAUACAGUACCCCGUGAACACGCUGAGAGGAUGCUAAUUGAGAGGGAGAUCUUCGGGAGGGAAGCUCUGAAUGUUAUAGCUUGUGAGGGCUGGGAGAGAGUUGAGCGGCCGGAGACAUACAAGCAGUGGCAAGUCCGUGUUAUGAGGGCAGGCUUCGUGCAACUCCCUUUCGACCAGGAGAUCAAGAAAAAGGCAACAAAUAGGGUGCGCUCAAGCUACCAUAAAGAUUUCGUGAUUGAUGAAGACGGUCAGUGGCUGUUGCAGGGAUGGAAAGGGCGAAUUAUAUUUGCCCUUUCUUGUUGGAAACCUGCUUAGGGUGUACUUGAAUUGCAUGCUUAUUAGCUCUCAAAAGUAUGCAAAGGUAAAUGCUGUUCUUCAGGCCUCAACCAAGGUUCCUUCUCAUUGUUGCUGUACCACUUCUACUUGCAAAAGACGGAUUUGCUACCCCAAAAGAUGAAGUAGUUGCUGAUUUCGAUAAUUAAGCUGUUCAUGGAUCAAAGGUACGAGAAGAGCAUUGGGCAUUUGGUAGAUAAUUUAGACUUGCAGAAUUGAAUCAUCUUGUAAUCCAUUCCUUACUACGGAAUAGUCAAUAGUGUCAUAGAUAUUUUAGGAAAAAUGCUGCGACUUCAAUGUGAUUAUGGUAAAAGAGCUAACAUGUAUGGGAGCAAAACUGUCUACAUAAAUGCAACACUUACUAUUUGUUGUCAA